GAGUGUCAGAAAACAUCGAAGUCCGCGGAGGACCAAAGAUUAUAGCAUCGCAGUAGCUCUUGACGUGCGAGAGCGCAGCGCACGGCGCAAGAAAGCGAGACCAGCAGGGAUCAUCGAGACUGUUUCAGUCAAUGACAACUUCGGACAACUUGUCAACCAUUAAAAUUAGGGUUAAGCAAACAGCAUUUAAAAGAAAUACAAAUGGACGGACAAGAAAUUGUCCUAUCUGAAAGUUUAUUGAAAGUAGAAGAGAUUAAAGAAGAACCGGAAGAGCUUUUGGAAGAAGUGGAUCCCAUAGAAGUGCAGGAGACUAGUACCUCAGAGGAUGUGGUGAAGGAGGAAACUGAUGAUGGGGAAGUACAGGAGGCAAGUACUUCUAAGGAUGUGUUAAUAAAGGAAGCUGAUGAACAGCAGGAGCUGGAGCCACUGGCUGCUGUGUUUGUGGAGGCACUGAAGGAAGAGGUGGAAGAAGAAUACAAGGACCCUUUGGAAAUAAGCAAUGAAUCUGAAGAGACUGAAAAGCAUGCAUGGUUCCCAGGUGGAGAAUGUGACACAGAAGCAAACUUCAGCGAGCCGCCUGCAGACGGAAGUACUUUUGAAAAUAGUGAUGACGUUUGCAACGACGAUCACCUGACUGUUGCGGAUACGGAAGAGAAAUCAAAUGUAUGCCGCCAUGAAUGUUCUAUCUGCCAAAAGAGUUUUACAACGAAGGGUAGUUUAGAGAGGCACAUGCUGAUCCAUAGCGGUGAACGCCCUUAUGAAUGCUCUGUUUGCCGAAAGGGCUUCGCGCAGAGAAUUCAAUUAGUUACACACAUGCGGAUGCACAGCGGUGAACGCCCUUACGAAUGUUCGGUCUGUCAAAAGGGCUUCACGGUUAGAAAUACCUUAGUAAGGCACAUG